AUGUCCAGAUACGCAGAUAUUAACAAAGUACUCGAAAAGCCAGGUCCAUCUACCGACGAGUAUUUCCAAGCUGGUGACGAUGUGAAGAAGUUCUUGAGAGAGCAAUGCAAAGUUCUGAUCAUUGGUGCUGGAGGACUGGGCUGCGAAAUAGUCGCAAAUCUCGCUCUCACUGGGUUCUCUGAUCUUCAUAUCAUUGAUAUGGAUACAAUAGACGUUUCUAAUCUUAACCGUCAAUUCCUCUUCCGUUCCUCAGACGUUGGCAAAUCUAAAGCGAAAGCAGCUGCAGAGUUUAUCAUGAAGCGUAUACCGAAUGUUAAAGUAACAGCGCACCAUAACAAGAUACAGGACUUUGGCGAAGAUUUCUACAUGCAAUUCAACAUCGUCGUCUGUGGUUUAGAUAGCGUAGAAGCUAGACGCUGGAUAAACGCGACACUUUAUAAUAUGGUCGAUGACGACAAUCCAGAGUCAUUGAAACCAUUAAUUGAUGGUGGUACCGAAGGUUUUAAGGGUCAAUCUAGAGUUAUCUUGCCAACGAUUAGCAGUUGCUAUGAAUGUAGUCUCGAUAUGCUGACACCACCUACAACAUUUCCUAUCUGUACGAUCGCAAAUACCCCGCGCUUGCCUGAACAUUGUAUCGAAUGGGCUAGUGUAUUAGAGUGGCCAAAGGUAUUUCCCUCAAAAAAGCUCGACAAUGAUGAUCCAGAGCACAUCGAGUGGUUAUUGAGUAAAUCGCUAUCAAGAGCAAAGGAAUUCAACAUCGAAGGAGUCAAUUGGUCAUUGGUACAAGGUGUAGUCAAGAAUAUCAUACCAUCAGUCGCAUCUACUAAUGCAAUCAUCGCUGCUAGUUGCUGUAAUGAAGCAUUUAAGAUUGCAACUACUACAGCGCCUUAUCUAAACAAUUAUAUGAUGUUUAUCGGUAAUGAAGGUGUGUUUACUUACACUUUUGAGCAUCAAAAGCGUGAGAAUUGCGUCGUAUGCGGUGGAGAGUCAGUUGAUUUGGAAGUCAAAGAUGAGAUGAUUGUCGAAGAUCUAAUUGACAUCCUCAAGCAAAGGCAAGACUUCCAAGUAAGAAAACCAUCGCUGAGUAACGAUCAAGGUAACAUUUACCUUCAAUACCCACCACAGCUGGAAGAAUACACACGUCAAAAUUUAACAAAACCGUUAUCAGAGUACAAAGGACAAACAAUACUUGUCACUGAUGCUAACUUACCAUUCAAAUUAAGUCUGAGAUUAGUUUGA